GACUCCCUAAGCUGUACGCCCUGCAGCACACGAAAUUGUGAAUCCAAACAGCUGGAGCAGGAGCAGCUAGACAGUGACUGAGUAAAGGGAGGGAGGGUGGAGAGCAGAGGGAGAGAGAGAGAGAGAGAGAGGGAGAGAGAGAGAGAGAGAUGAAAAGCAUGCCAAGCGAGAGAGAGGCGCUCAUACUGAAGGAGGCAGAGGCAACAGCUACAGCAACAGCAUACUCCCUUCCCCAUCCUCCCUCUCCUUUCUCAUAAUCCCACAUCCACACCGGGGGAGAUGGAGGGCACCCUGACCCACUGAGGAGCCCGGUCUGAAGGAGAAUCUCACAUCAUCCUCCAUCCUGUGAAUGCCUGGAUCUUUUUUUUUUUCCUUUUUUUUUUUUUGGACAAUAACCAACAAGGAGUAAAAGAAGGUGUGUGUACACACGAGCCUGUCGGCGGGAGGGAGGGAGGGAGACGGAGAGAAAAGAGGGGGAUGAGUGACAGGUUUGGUACAGCUGCUGAUGCCAGGGUCUCAGAGUGAGACAGACUGAAAGGGGGACCUGAGGAGCGAAGGGCAGGCACAUGUGGAGCAACUCGUGGGCCAAGAGGACAGGAAAAUAGAUUCACAUACACACAGAGCUGGACAGAUGAGGAGGCAUCUGGGACCACACUUCAGUCCUGGGUGUAUGGUGCACUGACCCUGCCUGACAGGCGAGGAGUCAGAGGACCAGGGCCAUGAUUGACUCUCCUGGCCCUGGUGGGCGUGCCUUAGUGCCAUGGCCGAGGGUGUGGCGAUGGGUCCUGGGUGCUUCUCUGGUUGCCAUAAUAACAAUGACGCUACCAGGAAGUAGCCAGGCCUGUCCGCCACGGUGCGAGUGCUCGGCUCAGCUGAGGUCAGUGUCGUGCCAACGGCGGCGGCUCACUAAUAUCCCAGAGGGCAUCCCCACAGAGACACAGCUUCUGGACCUCAGCAAGAACCGGCUUCGCUGGGUGCAAGCAGGUGACCUGGCACCAUAUCCACGGCUUGAGGAAGUGGACCUCAGUGAGAACCUCAUCGCCACACUGGAGCCCAAUGCCUUCGCCACCCUCCAGAGUCUUAAAGUGCUGAAGUUACGGGGGAACCAGCUGAAGCUAGUGCCCAUGGGGGCCUUUGCCAAGCUGGGGAAUCUGACCAGCCUGGACCUGAGUGAGAACAAGAUGGUGAUUUUAUUGGACUACACCUUCCAGGAUCUGAGGAGUCUGAAACAUUUGGAGGUUGGAGACAACGACCUGGUUUAUAUAUCCCACAAGGCAUUCUCAGGGCUGCUGGGACUUGAAGAUCUCACAAUAGAGCGCUGCAACCUGACGUCCAUCUCUGGCCAGACGCUGUCUUACCUUCGCAGCCUGGUCACCCUUCGCCUCCAUCACCUUAGCAUCAUUGCCCUGGAGGACCAAAACUUCCGCAAGCUCUCCAAUCUGCGGGGUCUAGACAUCGAUCACUGGCCAUACCUGGAGUACAUCUCCCCUCUUAGUUUCCAGGGCCUGGACCUCCACUGGCUUUCAAUCACUAACACCAACAUCACCUCUGUCCCUUCUGCUUCCUUCAAGAAUCUGGUGCACCUCACCCACCUCAACCUGUCCUACAAUCCCAUCACCACACUUGAGCCCUGGGCCUUCAAGGACCUGCUGAGGCUGAAGGAGCUCAUCAUGGUAAGCACAGGGUUGAUGACAGUGGAGCUCCAUGCCCUUGGAGGCCUCCGACAGAUCCGGGUCCUCAACUUCUCCUCCAAUGACCUGCAGACUUUGGAAGAGGGCUCCUUCCACUCUGUCAACAGUCUGGAGACCCUCAGAGUGGAUGGGAACCCCCUGAUGUGUGACUGCCGUCUGUUGUGGAUCCUGCAAAGACGCAAGACCCUCAACUUUGACGGCAGAGUGCCGGUGUGUGCGGGGCCGGUGGAGGUGCAAGGGGUCAGCCUCAGCGCCUUCACCGAUUCUGCACUCUUCGAUCACUUUACAUGCCAGAAACCUAAGAUACGCAACCGUAAGAUGCAGCAGGUGAUUGCUCGCGAGGGCCAGCCAGUGAGUUUUCUGUGUCGAGCUGAAGGAGAACCAGUACCUGCUAUUGUCUGGAUUUCCCCACAGCGCAGACGGAUCACAGCUAAGAGUUCAGGGCGCAUUACUGUUCUCCCGAGUGGCACCCUGGAGAUCCGCUACGCUCAGCUUACCGACAGCGGGACGUACAUCUGCAUCGCCAGUAACGCCGGAGGCAAUGACACCUACUUCGCCACACUCACAGUGCGAGGCCAGCCACUAGAUGCCGCCUCAGCCUUCUUUCUCAACCGCUCGCUGUACAGUGGCGACUUCUUCAACGACACAAAUCUGAACAGCACACGUGUUUUUCUCAAGUUCACCUUGGACCUGACCACAAUCUUGGUCUCCACAGCAAUGGGUUGCAUCACCUUUCUGGGAGUGGUCCUCUUCUGUUUCCUGCUGUUGUUCGUGUGGAGCCGAGGACGCGGCCAACGCAAGAACAACUUCACAGUGGAGUACUCUUUCCGGAAAUCUGAGCCAGCCACUGGAGGCUCCUCGGGAGGGACCAGGAAGUUCAACAUGAAAAUGAUAUGAAACAACGCAGCCAGGGGUCCCUCGGGGGAGGCAUGAGCACGUCCCAAAAACGUGUUUGACACACGCAAACACACACAGCCACUGACUCGCAAAGAAGUCUGAAAGCACAAUAUAAGUCUAUGGUUCUGUUCAAAAUUUAGCGCCCCACAUCAAAAACUGGAGCCAUGACUCGAUUUGGUUUGAUUUGUAAAUGAAAACAAAAUGACCCUGAUCUCUCUGCCUCUCAGUGGUUUAAUUCAGCUUGUGGUGAAAAGCAUGUUCGAAGGAAGCUGUAACGAACUACAGUAUUGAUAGAUUUGAAAGAGCGACUGGUCAUGCAUGAUAUGACCAAUAGUUAAGACUUUUAGGAGAUAAGUUUUGGAAAUUGGCAUGAUUAUUGAGCUGUAGGGUACUGGUAGUCCUGUCCCUUGGUUACAUUAAUGAGAAAAUAAAUUACAUUUUCUUCUACCUUUAAAGUUCCAGUCUGGGAUUUUAAAAGAAAUGUUUUACAGGGAGACUAGGCUACUAUCCAUUUAUAGAGGUUGUAGCUAUGCUCUUCUAAAGUCUGCCUUGUUAAGAAUCGUGCACAUAGAAGUACAGCUGAAAGUUAAGUUGUAAGUUCAAACCACUGAAUAAAACAAAUUGUUUUGAAGACAGUUUGAACAUGUUUCUCUAUACAACAGCCACCUUUAUUCAGUCUGACCACAGCUGAACAGUGAGGAGGGUUCUGUAGGGUCAAUGAACAUUAUCAAAUGCCAUUUGUUUUAAUGAGCUACAGCUACAUGCAUGUAAACUAUGGUCUGAUAAUAACAUUUUGGAUCAUUCACAUAAAUAAGACAAAAGUGAUUCGGCCUUUUCUUUUCUUCUUUGUGAGAUUUUGCGACAACAUUAGCUGUGUGAGUUUGGGACGAGCGCACUGGCCGAGAGCUGCUGUGGCUGCCCGUGGGCCUGAAGGGUUUGGUUAGGAAGUCAAGCCCACCAGACACGGGCCGCCACAGUUACCAUAGCAACCAACGCAAGAGAGAGGAAGGGGGACUGAGGGCUGGUGGCCACAGGAGAGUUGCUGGGUAGAAGAGGAGAGAGAGAGAAUAAAAUAAGUCAAUGUGACCUCUUCUUUCUCUCCAAGCCUCGCUCAGGCUUUUUUUUCUGACCCUCUCCCUUUCCAGGAGAGGUUCGACCUGCCGGGCCUCCACCCUCUGUCCCUGCCCUCUGCUGUGCUGGUGGAUGCCUGACCUUCUCAGCGCUGCCAGGGGGGAGCAGCCUGGAGAGUCGGGUGAUAACUCAGAGGUAGACAGAGGACACACAGUUACACUGUAGGGGUCUUCAACAUAAACAUAAAGACACACUCAUCCUAAUAGUGGAAAACACACAUAGCAACACAUGUAUAGCACCUUUUCUCAGGAAAAGUGAAAUAACUACCCAACAGAGCGAGUGUAACUACACACAUACUUACUCUGUUAAAGUCUAACAUUCCAGCAAUACUGUACGUAGAGCCAUAAAUAUAAAAUUCAUUCUCUGAGAGAGAACUGAUGUAAAUUUGUGAAGAAACAAAGCCAUAGUAUGUGUAGGUUGUUUUUUAUACAGUAACAUGUGCAUGAUUCAGUUAUAUAAUAACAGUUAUUGCUAUUGCCAUCUUACAAGCUGUCAUGAUGAUCACAAGACCAUCUGCUGUCACUGGGCUUGCAUAAAAAUGCACCACAUACACACACACACAAAGAGAUAAACCCACAUUAAGGUUAUGUGGCUUUAAACAGUUACACAUGAAUAAACAUGUAACUUAAAUAUAAAGCAGUGUGACGCUGACUGCCCUCUGUCUGUCUCUGAGACGGUCGGUGUGCGAAUGUCUCUGCCCCCCUAGCCCAGUGCAUCCCCCCCAACUCACCCCCUACCCCCCCAUACACCCCCACUGGGUCCUCCUUUUGGGAGGGGUCCCUGGCUGGAGACCAAGGAUAAAAUGUAAAUGAAGUCGUGUUAACCCUACCCACGCCAUGUGCAUCGUAUAGUGGAGAGUAGUACUGUGGUUUUAAAAACGUUAUAAAAAAAAACAACAACAAAAAACUUUAUUUAAAGUGUUCUGUUGCUUCUUGUUUGUCCUCCACUUUUAAUUUCCUCAGUUGUUGUUCUCCGUGACCUUUUGGCUGUUUACAGUUUUAAAGUUCCUCGUCCUCCGUGGGGGACCGUUCUGUUCUCAACACCUAAUAACCUUCCCAUGCACUAGACAGUGUGUGCUCCCAUUUCAACGUGCAUAUCAGCUGAAACCAGGCAGAGCAAUAUCAUGAAGAAAAGAGACUUAAUAUAAAGUUGUUAAAUUGGAGGUGUCAUAAGAUAGCCUGGUGAAGAAAAAAUAUCUAUUUUUUCUGACUUUCAUCUAAAUGUAAAUUUAUCUACUGGAUAGAUUUUCCUUGAAGUUCAAACUUAGCCUUGUUCAAAGUAUAACUAACUAAAGAUUUAUACAGUAAAUUAACAAACCACACACACUAGUUCUCACGUAUAGACAAAAUGCUGUUCAAUAAUAAUAAUGUGUUUUUAAGAUAGCAACGUGAAAAACAUUAUGCUAAGCAGCAUAAUCAGAUAUUAAUUAUUCCAAACUGCACGAAUAGGUACUAGCUAACUCUGAAACACGUCACGUAUGCAUAACGGAAUCAUACCAACAUUUACAAACUACUGACAGUGACUUUAUUAUUUGUUUUACUAGUCAUUUCUGAAGCUAUUUUGUGAUGCUACAGUGACUUUUGACAGUGACAGAUAUUCCCUAGUACUCAACAUAUCACUAAGCAAAAAAGAGCUACCUGAUUUACUAAGUCACUAGUUUGAAAGUAGCUAGUUACUCAGAAUUUAGUGCUACAUUUACAAAAAGCUAGCAUAGCAUAUGAAGUAAUGAAAUCGCUGUAUCUGACCUGUUAGUGCCAGUAAUGUUGGGCUAAAUAUUUUAAUAAUAUUGGUUAGCGUGACUGUAUUUCAUUCUAAAUUAUUACUAAAUCUGACACACAUAUUUAACUAUGUUUGCAAAUAUUGAUACCAAAGUCAUGCAUUCAUCUACAAAGAGUUAACUUUAAUUCUGUUAUACAGCUCAUGACUUUCAGUGUACAUGUACUAGUUGAUUAUUGUACGGUGUCACAGAUAUUUCUUGGCAACAGGUUUACACAUUACUUAAGUCUUCAUGAGCGAAGAUAUUUGGAGUUUUAAUGUUAUCCCUGAUUUUAAAAAAUCACAAAUUUUAAAAUAUUACUAAGUGCUACACACAAAUUAGUGACUGAUUUACAAAUACCUGCUGCUGUUCAGUUCAUUGAUGUGUGCAAUUUGUCAGGAGGGCUUGUAAGUACACAUUGUAUCUUGUAUCUGUUUUAAGGUGUUAUACUGUGAAAACAUUGGGCAUCGGUGCUACAUCCACAGCACUGUUUAAAGAAAAGUUUGUGGUUUGGAAAUAAUUUGCCCCAGGUAAAUGAGAACCUCAAACUCUCAAAACUUUUGCAAAAUAAAUCCUGCAAACUCAAUUUUUGUCCCUUGUGAGGGAUGAUGAAAUUGCGGCUUCUGUGUCAGGAUGAAUAACUGAACAGCUUUUAAAGAUUCAUGAGGCCGAAUGAGAAUAGAUGAACAAAUUGGCCUGGUUUCCACACCGCCUUUAACAGUGUCAGUGGCCAUUUUUUGUGUUGAGAACAGGACGUCGCCUUCAUGAAUGUUUCCUCUCCCUGAGCCGUCCCUUUUGUUUUUCCAUUUCCCGUAUUUCUCGGUGAAAACUAGGUUUAGAAGACAGCGAGAAUGUCUGUAGUGACUGUCGAUGGUGUUGUUGUGUAAACAUCAAUCACAAAUGUAAGCGUAGAUGAGGGUGUGUUUCAUUUUAUUAUCUACCCCUCUUUACUGCCCCUCCUCUCCUCUUCCUGUACCCUGUCUUCUUAACAUUUCCAACCUUCGUUGUCCCUGUUCACAGUAUUAGGCUGGAAUAUGGUUGUGUGGUAGUAGACACGUGUACUGUGUGGUCGGUGAGUCAGUGUUGUCGUGUUAUGAUUUGUUGCUCCUUGUGAUCACCAUCAAACACGGAGCAGUGAUUGGAUCAGUGGAGACAAAAGAUGAUGAAAGGGGUGACCCAGGUUCCCUACUGAAAAAAACAAACAAACAAAAAAACAUGGUUCCCAUUUCAUGCCCUACUCAUUCCUGAAGACCCAUUUCUGGAACUUUCCCGCUCUGCACAGUGCCACUCUGGGAUCUUUCUCUGGAUAUGAAAACCCAUGGACUGUACUGUAUGUAUUUUCUCUGAUGAUAUCUUGUCACACUUUAACUUACACAUGUAGAAAGGGGUGGUGGUUGUUGUAAUACCGUGACUGUGAGCCUACACUCACUUUCUGCCUACUGUGGUACACUGAGUCAUUUCGACAAGGAGUAGCAUUAAAGCAGUCCAUUCACUGAAAACUGACAUUUUCAUGUUGGUCAGGGUUGAAAAUAAGUGCUUGUACUUAUUCAAGCCUCAUAAGUCCUUGGAAGCUGGAAAAACUCAUUUUGCUUCAAACUAAAUCCUCUUGAAAAAAAAUCUUUCCUGUCCCAACCAGAUUGAAUAUCCUCCCAUUACCAAAGGCUAUAGGAACAAUUAAACAUUUAAAUGAUUGAACUGACACUUUGCCAAACAAUUGUUCAGCAGCCCUCGAUUAAAAACAGUAAAAAGGUGCCAGUACAAACAGCUUUUGCAGCCAAGGCAUCACCUCAGUCUGGCUGACAGAUUCUCAGUGUUUGAGAAACCAGUGGAGCUGAGCUUGAUUCAUCUCCUCUGCCGGGAUACUUGAGAAAAACUAGGCUGAGCAAUCCCCCGCUCCCUCCUCCGGUUCGUCCUUGCCUGGGGUUGGUGUACUGUAGUCUAGACGCCCCAUUUACAACAGCAGCAGCAGCAGCCUGACUAUUAGGAUACCUUCCACUGGGGAACUCUUCAAAGACACAGACCAAAAUAAGACAAACCCUGAGCCACCAAUAAUCAAAGUGUCAUCACUGGUCAUGCCGGAGUUCUUCUUCUGUUUCUUAGUUAAAGGAGGCUUUGCUUUCAGUCCUCUCAAAAGAACAAUUUCAGUUUCACCUUUAGGCCUGCAUUUCUACAGUCUGGAGUUCCUGUUAUUUCAGACUCCAUAUUAGAUCUAAAUGAAUCCAUCUCCUGCUUCGGAUCAUCUACAGCUGCUGUUGUGAUUGGAUUAGAUAUGAGUUGAAUUAUCAGAGCUGAGAGGAGCAGUAAUGGGAUGGUGGAGAAGUGAGCUCAGCUGAUUGGGUAAUUACUUAGCCUAUUAGUCCCAUUUCCAUAACAGACCUCUCAGAAGCGAGUGUCAUACAAAUACCAUCUUAGUCAUUUGAUCGUAACUGUGGUGGUCUUCUCCAACUGGCCAAAGCGGUCAUUGCUAACUGAUAUUCAGGCAUAAUUGGACAUGCAGCACUGCUGAUGGAUUGUUCAAAGCACCUUGGGCAGGCUGCUUCAUCUUAACCUUGACCACAUGACAGCAUGUGCCCUCCUUUCUAUGUGACAACACUGACCCCAAGUGGUCAAUGUGAGUAACAGCAACAAAUAGGACCAUACUGUUGAUGCACCAGUAUUGUACGUGGUGGGAAAAUAAAUAAAUAAACAGCUUUGGGUCUCAUACGGUGAAAUACUGAAGAGAGCAAAUUGACUGUUAGCUUCAUGAGUCAGUGCUUUACUGAUUUUCUUAUAGCCAUAGCUUGAACUCCUCUCUGCUCUGGGUGUCUGAGACGCUGAUUGAAUUAUCAGGAGAGGCCUCCAUCCGAACAAAACCAGGACAAAAACAGGUCUGACCUGAUUUGCUGGGACAGAUACUUUCUGAUGCCCCCUCCAGUCUCACCGCCAUCACAACAAACAAUAACAAAUCGUAAUAAAACGUCACAGUAAUCAUUCUUUCUCUGUAUAUGACUGAGAGCUGAUCCACAAACGGACGGUUUCUCUCUAGAGGAAAAAAAAACACAAAAAAAACUUUCUUUCUUGUGGUCUUAGCAGGUUUAAUCUAUGCAUGCCUUUUGAAUACAGUUAUUGGUCUUACCAAACUCUCACCUACACGCGUACGGAGAGCUAUGGGUGCCAUUGUUGCUGGCCAUGGGACUGGUUGAAACAAACUUACUGUAAGAGCAAGUGUUUUUAAUCUGGUACAAAUAAAAGCCUGGGGUAGAUAAUCAUCUAUUCCUGUAUUCCUGAAUAUUUAAAAGGAGUGUGCAUCUUACAAAAGAAGCACUUGUUUACUUGGGAUGAUUGUACUUUUACACAUAUCUAUCCAUGCACAGAGGAUCUGCUCAGAUAUGUAAGUUGUAGAUAAAAAUGACUGAUAUUCCAAGCAGGACGGUGGGACUGAUCAAUGCUAUAUGGGGAUAGGAUUAUUAAUGGCAUACUUUCAUUGAUCUAUCUUGAACCUUGUCACUCUUCCACAAUCCCUCUGGAGUAGGAGGAGGCGUACAGAGCUCUUAUAGACCUGGUUGGCACUCAUUCCUAGGUUUCCACAUUACAAGCUCAUUUCACUUCUUUUAAGAACGAGAAGGUGCCACUGUUUUUUCCCAGGUCUGAGCUGAUGUACCGCUCUCUUACCUCUCCUACUCUUCAGAGUGAUAUGUUGUUGGUAUAGCUCUGUGUUUGUUGGAGUGCUCUAAUGGAAAAUAUUGAAGUUUAUGUCUUAAAUUUGGCUGGAGUUAAAGUAUUCUCUCUCCUCUGUCUUUUCUCUCUCUCUUUCUCUCUCUUUUCUCUCUCUGUCUUUUCUCUCUCUGUCUCUCUAUCAACCUGGCACCGACCUCGUUAAACAUUUCAGAACGUUUUUCAUCGAUCACAUUUGUUUUUUGCUCUAAUGCAUAUUUGUUCCUCGUUGACACGGUCAUUACUGACUUCUGAAACCUAGGAAUGGGUGCUGAGUGCUCCAACUAAAUGCAGAGCUAACAUAAAGGCAAGUUGUUGGGCUUGUCGAAUUGAAUGGUGUGAUCUGAUCAAUCAUAAUAAUAAAGACAGUUAUGUAGUAAGUACCAAACGAACAUUUCACUGUACCUGAAUUAUAAAAAUGUAUAUUUUGCACCGUGAUUUAUGGAUCCUUGGAUGUGAAGAACAGAAACUGUACAUAUUAGAUCUAUUAGCCAUAUCAUGUCAUCUAAUCUGUAGACCUUCUUGCCAUGUCUGACAGAGGACAAUGACUGUUGAACUGUAAAUAGUGUAGGUAUAGUAAUAUAGGAUUUUACUGCUGCUUCUUUUCUCCAGGGAUCGCCCAUGUUUUGCUCAGUCCCAUGGCUGCUUGGGAAGGACGAGACAAUAAUGUACUGUCAAUAAAACACAUAUGAGUUCUUUUUUUAUUUCAAUGUAUGUUUUAUAUACCGUCUGUCUUGUAAAUGAACUCCUUUUCGUCAUAAAAGCAUGAUGUCACUAUGUCA